UUUAGGGGUGCAAUAAGGCCUCAGGUGUAAGAAAUCCUUCUUAGAGCCAAACUCCAGUGGUCUUGUGGACGUAGAAGCUGGUAAAACAUAGGUAUUCCUAGUCAACUCCUUGGUUUUCACAAGAUUAGGCUUGAUGACUACAAACGGUUUUGAUGACCGUUUUAUUUUCCGAUGAUUUUUCAGUGCGAGGUUUAGUAAAUUCCUUAAGGACUUUUUUAACUUUAAGUUGGGUUUUAAUGAAGUUUUACUAGCAUAUUCUCUUCAUUGAUUUCUAUUAGCCAUUUUGUUUAUAGCUGCAUCAUCUCUUUGAUCGAUGGAGAUUGCUUUAGCAAAAUCUUCUUCAAAAUCUUAUUUUUAAAUGGGCUUUGGUUCUUAGCCCCAGUUGAUUUUCCCUGUCUUGAAGAAUUUCUGCCCUUUAAAUGUUUAGUUUUAGAAUCUGAUAUAUUGUAAAAACUCUCAAAAGUUUGAAUUUUUUCUUUUACAUCUCUAUUCUCUGAGAUAGACCUAUUUCCUAAAGGAUCGAGAUGCUAUCAUUGAGCUAGAGCUAAGACCACUCCUGCAUUGCUUUCGCUUGAUAAGUUCUCUAACUCUAUUUCUUGAGAGAUCGGGCACUUUGAAAACUCCUUUACUGAGCUUUUCCAUGCUCUGAUCAAGAGUGUAGUUAUUAUUAUAAGGAUCGUUCUCUCUAGUCUGUUUUAGACGUCUACCUCGAGCCAAUGGUUGAAGAGGAGCCAAGCAUUUCACCAUUAUCGAACUAUUCAUGCUG